UGCACUUCCUGUCAUGAGUUUCUUGUAAACUUGUGUUCCUCAUGUAGUAGAGGAGUAAACAUUCGCACAUUUAAGUUACUGUUGUUUUGGAGGUGGAUACAGAGGUGGACGACGGAGGAAGAUUUGGCUUGUACAGACAGUUUGGGGGUAAUUUUUUGCUGGGACAGAGACCGGGAAACUGUUGGCUUCUCUAAUGUCCCAGUUUAGCAGAAUUCCUCUUUUAUUUGGAGUGCAGUAAAAUGGCAGGGAGGUGUCAAUGGCUUUUCUUCAUGUCCCUGUGACGAGGUUCCAUUUGCCCAGUUCCCGCCCUGGAGGUCAACAAAAAGUUGCUCGAGUACCUCUACGCAGGACAGACUCCAGAUUGGAGGCAGAGACUACGAUUGUUCCAAGCGUUCAAGACUUUGACAAAAAGCUCGCUGAAGCAGAUGCUUAUUUACAGAUACUGAUUGACCAGCUAAAGCUCUUUGAUGAAAAGAUAAAAGACUGCAAAGAUGAAGAGUCGCGCAAAAAAAUUGAGAACUUGAAAGAAACAACUUGUAGUAUGGUAGAAUCUAUCAAGCACUGCAUAGUACUGCUUCAAAUUGCCAAGGAUCAGAGUAAUGAACAGCAACACGCAAACGGAGUGAUAAGCACCAUAAACCCAGUGGAUGGAGUUCACCAACCCAGCCCCCUGGAUGCCUCUGUAGUCAGUGCCGUUGCCAUGCCAACGCAGACCACCCUCCCCACAGAUGGGGCUCAGGUGUGUAAAGCAGAACAGAGACCUUCUUCUCUUCCCAUGGGUCCCGUCGUCACGGUGAUGGGCAGCCUUCAGACGCCCACCCCAAACAGCACAGGGAGUGGUCCUUCUGCACCCAGUAGCAGUGUCACUACCCCCAGUCACAUGAAUGUGCCAGCCCACACUGUCCCAGAUUUCUCCUACUCCAGCAGUGAGGAUGAAUUUUACGACGCUGAUGAAUUUUACCAGAGCAGUGCCUCACCGAAGCACUGCAUUGACCCUUCCAGGACCCCUGCUGUUAACAGUGAAGGAAAUGCAGCUCUCAAGCGACCGGACACCACCGAAUCCCUUAACUCUUCUAUGUCCAAUGGCACAACUGAUGCAGAUCAGUAUGACAGUCAUGAUGAGCGGGAUGACGAUGGUGAGGGAGAGUCGGUGGAGGAACACAAGAGCGUCAUUAUGCAUCUGCUUUCACAAGUCCGAUUAGGAAUGGACCUCACCAAAGUGGUUUUACCUACAUUCAUCUUGGAGAGAAGGUCGUUGCUGGAGAUGUAUGCAGACUUCUUUGCACAUCCAGAUCUUUUCGUCAGCAUUGCAGAACAGUCAGAGCCCCGGGAGCGCAUGGCGCAGGUGGUGAGGUGGUAUCUUUCAGCCUUUCACGCGGGACGGAAAGGAUCUGUGGCUAAGAAACCAUACAACCCUAUACUGGGAGAGGUAUUCUAUUGCCACUGGGACCUUCCUUCAGAUACAGAGGAGCCUGCUUCUGGGGAACCUGUGUCAGAAGGGCCAGUGCCAUAUUGUAGCAGGGGCAGUGUGUCAUUUGUGGCAGAGCAGGUUUCACACCACCCACCAAUAUCUGCCUUCUAUGCUGAGUGUAUAAGCAAGAAAAUUCAGUUCAAUGCACAUAUUUGGACCAAAUCCAAGUUCCUUGGCAUGUCCAUUGGUGUACACAAUAUUGGCCAAGGCUGUGUGUCUUGUCUAGAACAUGAUGAACACUACAUUUUGACUUUCCCAAAUGGCUAUGGCAGAUCGAUCCUGACCGUUCCAUGGGUGGAAUUAGGUGGAGAGUGCAAUAUUUCCUGCUCCAAAUCUGGCUACAGUGCCAACAUAGUGUUCCACACCAAACCCUUUUAUGGGGGAAAGAAGCACAGAAUAACUGCAGACAUAUUUGGCCCCAAUGAUAAGAAAUCAUUCUGCUCCAUUGAAGGGGAAUGGAAUGGAGUGAUGUAUGCAAAAUGGGCUUCUGGGGAAAACACUGUGUUUAUUGACACAAGAAAAAUUGGCAUUAUUAAAAAGAAAGUGCGAAAGUUGGAGGAUCAGUUAGAAUAUGAAUCAAGGUGUCUGUGGAAGGAUGUGACGUUGAACCUAAAGCUGAAAGACAUUGAUGCUGCCACAGAGGCCAAGCACAGUCUGGAAGAGAAACAGAGGGCUGAGGCCAGAGAGAGGAAGGAGAAGGAGGUUCAGUGGGAGACAAGACUGUUCCAUGAGGAUGGUGAGUGCUGGGUUUACGACGAACCUCUUCUGAAGAGAAUGGCCUCACUACGACACUAGUGCAGCCUCUCUGCAACAACGGAGUCUGAGAAAAGAACUCUUUUACAAUUCACCUUUUAUGUGAAGCCUUGGAAUGACUGAUGAAUGAACAUUUACACAGCUUUGCAUUUUGGAAAUGAAUGAUAAGAACUAGACUCUAUACAAGUAAAUAUCAAAUAAAAACAAAAAAGUACUCCUUCCUCGCCAACUGCACCACUUCCACGCUCCACUGCUCCUUCUAAUGGAAAAAAAUCCCACACCACAGAAAUACACUGAGGUAGUUAAUGGCUCCUUAAGCCAAACGAACGCUUUUGUUUCGACAGGGUGGGUCAUUCCCACAGGCAUGAGUCUCCCACUGCGGAGAAGAAGGGGUUUUAAUCGAACAAACUAAAAACAGCGUUCUGUAUCUCAGGGAAUCAGGUGACUGAGGAAUGAAGGCUGUAUCUCCUGAUGUUUAAAAGCCUUGGGUGGAACUGCAACAUGGAAGAACUUGGCUCGCCUACAGCUAGCUACAGAUAUUUAUAUAUACAUCUAUAGAACUUACAAUUAUAUAUUAUAUAAUGUCCUUUUUUGAAUUUUUGUUCAUCUGCAAUAGUAAUGGUUUAAAAGUAUGAAUUUGAAAAUGUCAGCAUAACAACCAUUCCAUUUACUUCCCCUCUCUCUCUCUCUCUCUCUCUCUCUCUCUCUCUCUCUCUCUCUCUCUCUCUCUGAGUCAUUAACUAGAGAAAAAAACUCAUGCUCUUGUCCUUUUAAAAGGUUAUCGCAUUAUGUGUAGCUGCAAAUGAGGACCAGUUAAGAAAGGAAAAAUUACAAAUGAGCAGGUUACAUCUGAAGAAUUGCUAUCUCCACUUGAUACAUGAUCAUGCUGAAAGUCCAUUCCAAUUCAACUACUCUUUGUUUUAAAUGAGUAAGUUAGUUGUUUUUUUUUUUUUUAGCGCUGUCCAAUGGAUGUAUGAAUGCAUAAUUAUGCAACAUAUGCAGGGUAUGCCAUGUAAUAAGCCAAUGGUAAUCUUUAAAUGCCUGAAAUAAACAUCUUUCAUUUCUA